AUGACAGACCCAUUACCACCUCUAGCACCUACAGGCUCUACGACACUUCCUUCCGAUACCCCCACAGGUCCAUCAGCACCGUUCACAGAUGCUCAAGUUGCUCAGUUCAGGGAACAAGAUCGAUGGCUUCCUAUAGCGAAUGUAGCUAGAAUAAUGAAAGGUUCCAUACCGCCCACAGCGAAAGUGAGUAAAGACGCAAAAGAAUGCGUACAGGAAUGUGUAUCAGAGUUUAUAUCUUUCAUCACAUCAGAAGCAGCGGAUAAAUGUCUGAACGAAAAGAGGAAAACUAUCAACGGCGAGGACAUUUUGACUUCGAUGAGAGCAUUGGGGUUUGAUAAUUACGAAAGAGUCUUGACCAUUUAUCUGGCAAAAUAUCGGAAUGUACGUGAUCCCUAA